GCCACGGCCCACGGCUGCCUCCUGCCUGCCUGUGCACAUCCAUUCACUAGCCGACGCCCCUGCCCGGCUGCAAUAAAAUUCAGGUAGCAUAGGCAUAGCAGCGGAGGGAAAGCAGGGCAGAUCGAGAGCCGCCGCCUGAGGAGGAGCGGAGGUGGAGGAAGACCAAGGAAUCAAACCGAACCAAGGAGGCGUCUCGGAUCGGAGGAUGCUCGGAGGCCGGCCGGUGUUCGUGCUAUUCGGCUCCUCCAUCGUGCAGUACAGCUUCAGCAACGGCGGAUGGGGCGCCACGCUCGCCGACAUCUACGCCCGCAAGGCUGAUAUCUUGCUUAGAGGAUAUAUCGGCUGGAACACAAGGCGGGCUCUUCAAGUCAUGGACAAAGUGUUCCCUAAGGACUCACCAGUGCAGCCAUCUUUGGUCAUAGUUUACUUUGGUGGAAAUGACUCCAUUGCUGCCCACUCGUCUGGUCUGGGGCCUCACGUGCCGAUAGAUGAGUACAUAGACAACAUGAGAAAGAUUGCGGAUCACCUGAAGAGCUUAUCCGAGAAGACCCGUGUUAUCUUCCUGAGCUGUCCACCUCUGAACGAGGAGAUGCUUCGCACAUCAACCAGCAGCACUAUACUGAGCGAGAUCGUGCGGACCAACGAAACCUGCCACCUCUACUCGGACGCCUGCGUAGCUCUGUGCAAAGAGAUGAACCUGAAGGUGGUUGAUCUGUGGCAUGCCAUGCAGAAGAGGGAGGACUGGAUGACGGCAUGCUUUACCGAUGGCCUGCAUCUGUCUGAAGAGGGGAGCAACAUCGUGGUGGAAGAGAUCCUCAAGGUGGUCAAGGAGGCAGACUGGGAGCCGUGCCUGCACUGGAAGGCUUUGCCGACGGAGUUCGCGGAGGACUCGCCCUACGACCUCGUCUCCUCCGGCGGCGACGCCACCGUGAACCCCUCGGAGUGGACCAUCCACAGGAAGAUACCAUGGGACUGACUGAUUGUCUUGUGCCUCAAGACGAAUUAAUAAUAAUGCUGACGAGCAUGCAGUUUGACGGGGACAUACAGCAGGACAAUGCAUGCCAUGCAUCUCUAAUCUGCCAAUCCCGGUCACAUGGACGAAUGCAGCUCGAUCAAUCAAUCAUCUUAAUUAGACCUCAAAGAUUAUUUAUUCUUGAUUAUUGAAUUUCCUGUUCAUGGCUAUCAUUGUUAAGUAUGUAUGCAUGUAUGUAUAUCAGUCAUUUACUACUAUUUCUUCAAAGAGAUGAGAUCAGGAUCAUUAUACAUAUAAGAACUAGUCUUGGCUUCUUUGGUCAA